UUCAAUACAUUAUAUACAUUAUUUCUUUCUUGUAGACCAAAUGAUGGCCAGCCAGUUUAUGUGAGAGAGCGACAGAGGAGGAGAGUAAACCGCGAUCAACCACAACCACUACCGCAGCCACCAGCUGCACUAGCACCACCACCAUCACCACCACCGUCACCACCACCAUCACCACCACCAUCACCACCACCAUCACCACCACCAUCACCACCACCAUCACCACCACCAUCACCACCACCAUCACCACCCGCACAUCCAGCUGCACCAGAGCCACCACAACCACCGCAGCAAGCACCAUCACCAGUACCAGCACCACCACCAGUACCAGCACCACCACCAGUACCAGCACCACCACCAGAACCAGCACCACCACCAGAGCUAGCACUACCACCACCACCGGAGCCAGCACCACCUAGGGAGCCAUCACCACCACUGGCGCCAGCACCACCAGGUGUAACUGGACCACCGCUACCGCCACCACCACCACCACCACCACCACCACCACCACCAUUAGCUGCACCACCUGCAGCUCCUGUUGCACCCGCAGCAGCUGAGCAGUUCUAUGUUAUUCCGUAUGUAUAACGUUUUUUCUGCGAAUUUAUCAAAAUUAUAAAUUUCUUUUCGCGCGUUUACGUGAUGCAACCAGUCUCGCUAAUUUGACUCAACCUACUACACUUUUUCAUGAAAACGCAUUCGUGCGAGUUUUUAAUCUAUAAUACAGGCCUCAAAUUGCUCUCACAGAGCUUCUGUUCUACGAUUGACAAUUUUUUCCCCUUUCACUAGGCUGGAUCCACCGGAAGACUUUGAGGCUUGGCUUGAAGUAAGUUUAACGUAUUCUCUUUGUCAAUGCUUCUGACUAAAUGUUUAUAAAUAAAAUGAAUGAUGUAUUUAAAACUUAUCCUUUAUUAUUUAGCGCACACCGUUAUGGUUCAGGAGGUACCUGGAUGCAAGGGAGGAUCGGAUUCGUGCAUUGGAGACUCGUGUUGAGGUACAUUUAUUUUUAACAACUAUUCCUGAAAGAAGGCAUCCAUGACUCUCAGAUUCUUUAUAAACAUAGAAAUAAGGUUGAAAGGGUUUUAGGCCAAUUAUAAUUAAUGAAAGCAUUUAAUCAACGGGAUCAAAAGACAAUUAACAUCUUAGCGACAAAAAACGUAAUAGCGUAAUUUACGCGUUUAAGGAUGUUUUUUUACUUCAUGUGAAGAUUAGUACAAAGUAGAAAAAUCGCUUUCUUCAUUCACUUUUCAACUUUGGAUGGAACCUUUAACCCCAAUUUUUGCUAGAUAUAAUAGGCUGUGCUAGAAAAAAACUCGACUUAUAGUUUAUUUUUUGAGGACCUUAGUUUAGCAUUUUUUCACGGCGUUACGGACGAAAAUCAAUUUCAAUCUCUUAGCAAAUCGGUAGAAACUUACGCGCUUCUUAAUACUGCGAAAUAUUUAAGAUUCCUUCAGCAGUGGAGAAUUUUGUCGCUUUGGCGAGUGACCGCGCAGAGUACGUGUUGCUUUUUUAAUGCGUUUCGGAUUUUGCGGAAUUUAAUUUAUUUUGACUUAAAAUUGCGGCAAUUAUUUUCGCGAAAAUAUCUCUCUUGUGCGAAUAAUUUUAGAAAAAUUUGCAACCUUGCCCAUUACGAGGGCUAUUAAUUUGAUUAAAAGCGGAUGAUAACGCAAUAGCUACAAAUAACAGUCCCUAUGCACGCCAGUUAAAAGUUACUUGAAUGUCAAUUACAUGCUCCCGAAGGUAAAAAGGCUUCUUGGAACACGGAUAGGAAAAAAGAAGUAUCCACAAAUGGUUACUAGAGACACUAAAAUAUUUCUUGUUAUAUGUCUUAAAGUCAUUAAAACAUGCUAUAUAUUUAAUGACAUGUCUUUUGCUGAAGAAAAAAUUGCUUUAAACUGAUAUUGUAAAUACUGAUAUUGCUUUACGCUGAAAAAGGUUUCGGCACGAUUCGAUGU